AUGAGCUCGGAACCGUUGCCCGGAAUGCCUUUCCUCCCGGGCUACAGCUUCAGGGACCUCCUGAAAACAUCUUUUCAUCGGUCCCAGACCCUGGGUUACAAAAAUGGAUUUGCCUUUUCCCGACUGCCAACCGUGGGGAUCGGCGGGGAGCGGCUCUACGCCAAUCAGCUCUCUGAAGCUGAGCUGGAGGAAUUAGCCAACCACAGACCCUUGCUGACCUAUGGGCCAGAGAAGAGGGCUCCACCCUCAGACUUCAUUCCAGCACACGUGGCUUUUGACAAAAAGAUUUUGAAGUUUGAUGCCUAUUUCCAGGAAGAUGUUCCUCUCUCCACGGAAGAGCAUUACCGGGUCCGUCAAGUGGGGAUCUAUUACUAUUUGGAAGAUGACAGCAUGACUGUCAUGGAACCUGCUGUGAAAAACUCUGGCCUUCUCCAAGGCAAACUUCUCAGACGUCAUCGGGUGCCUAAGAAUGACCAAGGGGAACAUUACCACUGGAAAGAUCUCAACAGGGGCAUGAACAUCACCUUCUACGGCAGGACCUACCGCAUCGUCGACUGUGACCCCUUCACACAGGAGUUCCUGGAGAGCCAAGGAAUUGAGCUGAACCCUCCAGAGAAAAUGCCUAUUGAUCCUUACACAGAAACGAGGAAGGCGCCCGUGCGCAAGUACGUCACCCCGUCAGAUUUUGACCAACUCAAACAGUUUCUGGUUUACGACAAGCAGGUCCUUCGCUUCUAUGCCACGUGGGAUGACACUAAAAACAUGUUUGGGGAGAAUCUGCCUUACAUCAUCCAUUACUAUUUGGCAGAUGACACAGUGGAGGUUCGGGAAGUCCACGAGAAGAAUGAUGGGAGAGACCCCUUCCCAGUGCUGAUAAGACGUCAGCGUUUGCCCAAAACUUUGGUGGACAACAAAAAUACCUUCCCAAGCUGUGUUCUGGAGAUCUCUGACCAGGAGGUACUUGAGUGGUACACAGCUAAAGACUUUGCUGUUGGCAAAUCCACCAACCUCCUGGGACGCACCUUCUUCAUCUAUGACUGUGAUGAGUUCACAAGAAACUUUUAUCGUGAGAAAUUUGGCAUUACAGACUUCCAGCCAGUGGAAAUAAAGAAGAAACCACCUGAGGAAGUUCCACAGGUCAUUCCUCCCUAUAAUGGUUUUGGCUUCCUGGAAGACUCCCUCCAGAACUGCUUUUCCCUCUUUCCAAAGCCUCCCAAGAAAGAUAUUGUGAAGAUGCUUGAGAAUGCCCACAAAGUGCUGCGUUACCAGGUGGUCCUGGAAACACCAAACCCUGAGGACAGAAAGCGUCGUUUCAUCCUCUCUUAUUUCCUCUCCACUGACAUGAUCAGCAUCUAUGAACCCCAAGUCCGUAACUCUGGCAUCAUUGGAGGCAAAUACUUAAGGAAAACCAGAGUUGCCAAACCAGGCUCUACUGCAGACAAUGUCACAUACUAUGGGCCCUCAGACUUUGCCAUCGGUGCUACAAUUGAAGUGUUUGGCCACAGGUUUAUCAUCAUUGGUGCUGAUGAGUUUGUGCUUAAGUACAUGGAGAGCAACGCAGAGCAAUUCCCCCCGGCAACGCUGCAGUCCCUGAGGGAUCAUUUUCACCAGCAGCAGGUGGUAAAGGAGGCUGACAGCAGUGCCAUCCCCACACUUGGGACCUGCAGUCAGGACCUGGAUGAGUUAAUUGCACAGGUUCAGGAGGAGCUGAGACACCAUAAGUACCUGAACAACAGGGACAUUUGGGAGGCAUUUCUUCAGUGUGACAAGGAUGGCUCUGGCAUCAUGGACAAAGCAAAAUUUUUCUCUCUUUGUGAAAACUUGAGUGUGCCAACCAGUGCUACCCUGGUUAGCAAGCUGAUUGAGCUGUGUUCUUGUGGAGAAGACAAGAUAUACUACCUUGACUUCCUUAGAGCCUUCCCAGCUUGUGAUCUUCACCCAGAAGUUCCAAUACAAGACCAGCAGUAAAAUUCUUAGAGGAGUUGACUUAAAAACAGUGUACUUCAAAAAGGAUCCUCUAACCUUCCCCUUUGCUUCACUCCUUCCCUCCCUCCCCUCCCCAGUUACCUUCACCCUCACUUUUAUUAAUUUUGGUUCCCUUCUUAACCUCUCCCUGCCCUUUUACCACCACCAAACUCAACCUCACAACUGCUGGAUAUUGAAAGGAAACUUACAGGGAAAAAAAAAACUUUGGAGAACCAAAGCCAGGUUCUCCUGGUCAUCUCAACUUUUAAAUGCAGCAAAGCCAAGCUUACUAGAAAAGCUUUCUGAAGCUUGGAGUGAUAACCACUCAGGAGUCCUCUUACAGAGUUGAAAGGAAGUUUUUCACCUUCCAGAAGCCACGACUGCCACUUUGAAUUCUUACUUGCAUUGCAAGCAGACCCAAGAGCCCUGCCAUGAACAUCAAUAAUUUCCCUCUUUCUAGUUUGAAUGUAAGCAAGUCAUGCA